AUGACAGGAGUGGACAGCGCGGGGGAGGGGGAGGGAUGGAUGGGGGAAGGAGGAGAAGAGGAGGAGAAGGAGCUGUCGCUGCAGGAUGAUGAAGUGGGCGACACGGGGAGCGGUGGCAGUUGCGGGCUGUCUAGUCCAGGCGGUGAUGACGACCUCGAACCGACUGGCUCUCCCCGUAUGAUCAUGCUCCUUUAUCAAUGUUCAACUACUCCGCAUACUGCCCCUCGCGAAUUCCAAGCCUCUUACGUUGUCUGCUUGCCUGACGGGCCCUUGACAGGUUUCCGUAUUGAUCCCAUGGAAACUUCGCCCUAUGGACCAGCUCAUUCGCCCGGGAACCAUUUCAUCAAAAGACCGAAGAUUUCGUCGUCUGGUCAAGGAACCCCCUGA